AAGGAGGGGAGGAGCUGAUCUUUUCACAAAGAUCCCGGGGCAGAGUCCAGGGCGGCUCCUGGCUCCUCCACACAUGCCCGCUGAACCCUGAGUGCCCUGAGUCGCAGGGAUGGGGCGGGCGGAGGCCGCCGCCAUGAUCCAGGGCCUGGCCCUGCUUGGGGUAGCAGUGCUGGGGGGUGCCACCCCCAGCUCCCCACGCCUUCGACUCUCCUUCCGAGAGCUUCAGGCCCGCCAUGGGCUGCGGACAUUCAGGCUAGAGCGGACCUGCUGCUAUGAUGCUUUGCUGGUGGAUGAGGAGCGUGGACGGCUGUUCGUGGGCGCCGAGAACCAUGUGGCCUCCCUCAACCUGGACAACAUCAGCAGGCGGGCCAAAAAGCUGGCCUGGCCGGCUCCAGUGGAAUGGCGAGAAGAGUGCAACUGGGCGGGCAAGGACAUUGGGACGGAGUGCAUGAACUUUGUGAAGCUGCUACAUGCCUACAACCGCACCCACCUGCUGGCCUGUGGCACGGGCGCCUUCCAUCCCACCUGCGCCUUCGUGGAAGUGGGCCAGCGGCUGGAGGACCCCGUGCUGCGGCUGAACCUCCGAAGGCUGGAGGACGGCAAGGGGAAGAGCCCUUACGACCCCAGCCACAGGGCUGCCUCCGUGCUGGUGGGGGAAGAGCUGUACUCGGGGGUGGCAGCGGACCUCAUGGGCCGAGAUUUCACCAUCUUCCGCAGCCUGGGCCGUCGCCCUGGUCUUCGAACAGAGCCACAUGACUCUCGCUGGCUGAACGAGCCAAAAUUCAUCAAGGUGUUUUGGAUCCCGGAGAACGAGAACCCAGAUGAUGACAAGAUCUACUUCUUCUUUCGGGAGUUGGCAGUGGAGGCCUCCCCGGCUCUGGGACGCCGGUCUGUGUCUCGUGUCGGCCAGAUCUGCCGGAAUGAUGUGGGUGGCCAGCGCAGCCUGGUCAACAAGUGGACCACGUUUCUGAAGGCGCGACUCGUGUGCUCAGUGCCUGGCGUGGAGGGAGACACGCACUUCGACCAGCUGCAGGACGUGUUCCUGCUGACUUCCCGGGACCGCUGGAGCCCGCUGCUCUAUGCCAUUUUCUCCACCUCCAGUGACAUCUUCCAGGGCUCGGCAGUGUGCGUGUACAGCAUGAAUGAUGUGCGCCGGGCCUUCCUUGGACCUUUUGCACACAAAGAGGGGCCCUUGCACCAGUGGGUGUCCUACCAGGGCCGGGUCCCCUACCCCCGGCCUGGUAUGUGCCCCAGCAAAACGUUUGGCACCUUCAGCUCCACCAAGGACUUUCCUGAUGAUGUCAUCCAGUUUGCCCGCAACCACCCCCUUAUGUAUAACUCUGUCCUGCCCGUGGGGGGGCGGCCUCUCUUUUUACAAGUGGGCGCUGGGUACACCUUCACUCAAAUCACUGCGGACCGGGUGGCAGCUGCUGAUGGACACUACGACGUCCUCUUCAUUGGCACCGACGUGGGCACAGUGCUGAAGGUGAUCUCUGUGCCCAAGGGCGGGAGACCCAGCGCAGAGGGGCUGCUUCUGGAGGAGCUGCAGGUUUUUGAGGAUUCAUCUGCUGUCACCAGUAUGCAAAUCUCCUCCAAGAGGCACCAGCUGUACAUAGCCUCGAGGAGCGGGGUGGCCCAGAUCCCGCUGUACCGCUGCGCUGCCCAUGGCCGCGCCUGCGCCGAGUGCUGCCUGGCACGGGACCCCUACUGCGCCUGGGACGGUGCCGCGUGUACACGCUUCCAGCCGAGCGCCAAGAGGCGAUUCCGGAGACAAGAUGUCAGGAAUGGAGACCCCAGCACGCUGUGCUCCGGGGACUCAUCCCGUCCCGUGCUGCUGGAGCGGAAGGUGUUUGGCGUGGAGGGCGGCAGCGUCUUCCUGGAGUGUGAGCCCCGCUCACUGCAGGCGCGCCUAGAGUGGACCGUCCAGCGCGCGGGGGAGCAAACCGGCACCCAGGUGGCGGCGGAGGACCGCGCUGAGCGCACCCCGGCGGGGCUGCUGCUGCGCCGGCUGCGGCGCGGGGACUCGGGCGCGUACCUGUGCGCCGCCGUGGAGCAGGGCUUCUCGCAGCCGCUGCGCCGCCUGGCGCUGCACGUGCUGAGCGCGGCGCAGGCCGACAGGCUGGCACGGAGCGAGGACGCCGCGCCCGCCGCGCCGCCGGGCCCCAAGCUCUGGUACCGGGACUUCCUGCAGUUGGUGGAGCCGGGCGGCGGUGGCGGCGGCGGUGGCGGCGCGAGCUCCCUGCGAAUGUGCCGGCCGCCUCCCGCGCCGCGCCCCCCGCCCCCCGAGGCGCCCCCCGAGGCGUCCCCCGAUGCGCGGAGGAAGGGCCGCAACCGGCGGACGCACGCCCCGGAGCCGCGAGCUGAGCGGGGGCCGCGCAGCGCCGCGCACUGGUGACGCGGCAUUCCCACGCCAGGGACUGGGCAGGAGACGACAGGGGCGAAGGGGCGGAUAGACCCUGGGAGACUGACCGCUAGGGGCCAGGCGCACUGUGGUCCCCGGCAACAGAGACACCGACGACAGGCCCUGGCCGAGGGGCAGCCGCUCCGGCUUAUUUAUUAACAGAGGAUAACCCUUGAAUGUAGCCCCAGGAGGGGCAGCCCAAGCCAGGCACAGGGCAGAGAAGCAGAGCUCCCAGGAACGACAGGGCAGGGAGGUGCCAAGGGCGCCCUCCCGGGACGAACCUCCUUCCCCUGGCAAAGAGCAGAAGCUGUGAAGAGGCUGGGCGGGCGGGCGGGGUGGGCCAACUGUACUAACGCAAUAAACUGUUCCCUGCACUGCAAUGGCCACAGCAGACAACCGCUGCUCCGAGGUCUUGCCGUGUGGCCUGGGGCACUUUCCUAGCAGUCUUGGGACCUCGGUUUCUUGUGUCUGCGAUGCUUCGGAUGAGACUAACGGUGGCUGUUUUUUAUGCCACCGGGUGGAUUCUGCAGGACUUUUGGGCAUGCGCACGUGCAUAGUAUGUUCUGAGUAAUCCAGUUUGUGGGCUGAUGCUGUGAAGAAAAUAAAACUGGGUGCUACG